UCGGUUUCUGGGCAAAGAACAGUAAACAACAACCAAUCCGAUCCAAACAGUUUAUUACUAAUGACAGAUAGAUAUAGAAAUCUGUAAGAACAGUUCUGUUGACGGAAACAGAAAUUGCAGAGCCGGAGAUGGUGUUAAACACCGGGUUAGUAACAUCGGUGGCCACCGUAUCUGCCGACAUAUGGCAAUCGGUAGCAUGUUUCUCGGAACGAAUUACCAACGAAGAAUUGUUAGAUCUGGUGGUUUAUUUUCCACUUCAACAAUUAGGUCGUUUUGCGCUUUGUCUUUGGAAUUUCUUCUGCGUUCCCACGUCGCCUGUCGAUUCUAUUUAUUACUCUUAUUACAAUUAUGACGACGAAUAUGAUUCAGAUUCCGAUUCCUAUUUGAGUUCAGCCGGUGGUUGUUUUUCGGGUUAUGAUCCGUACUACGAUUCUCAUUCCGACUGAUUUCUCCUCCAAACAGAAGUGUGAUGGUAACUGGUUUACCGUCGUUUCACCGUGUACAGUAGUGGCUUUCAGAUUUUCUUGCCUUUUCAUUUUAUAUAGCAAAUGAAUGAAAUGUUGUUAAAUGCACAGUUGUUCGAUUUGAUUAAUUGCUAGGUUGUCUAAAA